GGCACGUCAGCUGCCGCUGGCCGGAAUCAUCUUCCGGGUUCGCGGCGUCGGAAACGCUGCGUCUCUGCAAGGCGGAUCCCCCUCAGUGCAUUCUCUAAAACUUUGUUUUAAGGACGUAAACUUUCUAUACUGUGUCAUGUAUAUGUCUCCGUUAAUGAAGACCGUAUUAGCAUAAACAUCGGACUUUUCUGGGGGGGAGAUAUAGAUGCGUGAAAGGCGUGGCACCAGAUGAUACAGAAAAGGACCAUUUUAGGUGAAAAGUUCGCCGAGCGGCUGUAACGCUGCACAAAUAUAAUUGUUGAAAGAAGUUGCUGCAGCGACCUGCGAUUCGACCUGGAAAUGGGGGAUAAAGACUUGAUGUGGGCUUUGAAAAACGGUGACCUGGAGGAAGUAAAGAAGUUACUUGUGAAGGAUGAGGACAUCAACCGGACCCUUGAAGGGGGACGGAAGCCCCUGCACUAUGCUACGGACUGUGGACAGGAUGAGAUGGUGACCUUCCUUCUGUCCCGGGGGGCAGAUGUCAAUGCUCCUGACAAACAUGGCAUCACCCCCCUGCUUUCUGCCACAUACGAGGGCCACGUCUCCUGUGUCAAAAUCCUGCUUGAGAAGGGAGCCGACAAAGAGCAGAAAGGACCUGAUGGACUCAGUGCCUUCGAAGCCGCAGAGAGCGAUGCUAUCAAAGCUCUCCUUAAGUGAGACGGGCUGGCAGACCAUCCCCCGACCGUUUGUCCACAUCCUGUCUUGUCUAGUUCAAUGGUUAUGCUUCUUAUUUUUUGCAUGGGGAGGAGGGGGGGUUGCUCUGACAUGUUCUGGUUUUUAGUAAUUGUUAAAUGACUUGAUGAAAUUUCUCAAAAUGUGCCAAAGGCUGAGGGGCUGAAGCACCUACCUGGACUCUCAGUUCCAUGUGGAAACGCACUUUCUUUUUGGCUGUAAUAAUGAUUUAUAACAUUUUACUCUUUCUUCUCAAAGAACAAUAAUGGUGCAGUUAGUGUGUUUUUAUAAUUGAAAUGAAUUUGGUUUGUGCUACAUUGUUGAUAGAUGAUGAAUUAUAGGAAAAAUGUGUCUCUGAGCCUUGGACUAACUGUCAGUUGGAGUGCAGCAAGGACAGAGUCCUGCUUCUACCAUUUCCGUGACUGAAUGAAUAGAUGGAUGAAUGAAUGAAUGAAUGAAUGAAUAUUUUUCACUAAGCCAUCUGAUCCAGUUUAGCCCAGAUUGUGAAGACUCCAUAUAGCCAAAUCAGUGCCCAAACAGGUAACUACCAAACGAUGAAAUGUGAACAUAUCAGGGUUGCACUGAACAUCCAUAAUGCACAGGAUGUACAUUGAGUAUUGUUCCUUGGCUCUCAGUGCAGCCUUAAACCGGUAAUGGGAGAUAUCAAGUGCCUACUUGCGACCAUAUCUCCACAGCAAAUCAUCCAAUUAUUAUGGGAAGUAGGGUUGAACCAAGAGGAGCUUUUGAGUGAGAUGCACUGGCUGUGAGUGGUGUGAGCUGCUCCAUCUGGAGCUCUGGCUUCACAUUCAUCCUUCUCCUGAUCAUCCUACUGCACACUUUUGCUUCUUUUGUUCGGAGGCAGUGUAAAGCCAGACGUGACCCCUGCUCACAACUCACUUCACUAUCCACUGUGCUGAAAGUCCUGUUAGCUGGUAUCUGCCCUGUUUCCUCCCACGGCUGGUGUGUGAUGAAAGUGGCUGCGUGAUGCUGGGGAUGUAGGGCACCGCUAGGCAGGGAUCCAGGUUUGGCGGCACUGAGACUCCCGAUGGAAUCAACGAAAAUGUCCGGAUGCUACAGCUCAAGUUAUUUGUUUGGAUAAAAAUGCUAAUGUUAAUAUUAAAAAAAGCAGAAAUUUGCAUCUCCUAUUGUUUACAUUUUCUUUCCUUUUAAGAAAGGCAUGGGCAUGGGAUAUAAUACACAUGCACCUGAAUUUUUAAACCUAAAAACUGGUCUGUUUAUACUUUGUGUUUACUGGAAACCACUCAGCAUCUGCAAACCUGCCAUUAUGGUGAAUCUGGAGGCAGAUCCUCUACGCCAAUGUUUCCUAACCCGGUCAUCGGAGACCCCCAGACAGUCCACGUUUCCGCUCCCUCCCAACUCCUGAUAGGAGCAAAAACAUGGACUGCUAGGGCUCCCCGCCGAUCGGGCUGGGAGACACUGCUCUUAGCGUUGGAGCUCUUUGCAAUGUAAACAUUGCUUUAGCUGAACUAUGUUUCAGGACAAGUAGGGAAGCAGGACAAACAUUUACUCAUAGUAUAAAUGACAUAAAUUUCAUUUUUAAUGUGCUGUAAUACAACCUGAUGGUGGUUAUUCAUGCUUGAAUAUUAAAAUCAAAGGUAUGAUGACAUUAAAAUUUUAAUGUUCUUGUUCUUAACGUACUGUAUAUUCUAAUGAUGGAUUCUCUCUGAGUAUCUCCUUAUAAUGACAUACUUUUUGCCUUUUAACGUUAUACUUUUGCAUUAAAACAUGAAAUAGAUCUCAUUA